AAGUAACGUAAAUACUGUACGUAGCUACGUUUCAUCGAAAUCACAGCCAUAUUUGUGGUUUAAUCUAUGCACUCAAGUUGAUUUCUACAGACACGUUCUCUAAACUGUAUGGUUGAGAGUGCAGCAAACAAAAUAAAAGCAUCUGGCCUACCACAUCUACCGCGCAUACCAAGUGAACCAGGGUUCCAAUUGUACAUAUAGCGCUGCUGUCCCUUACACAUCAAAGUCAUUUUUGUGUCCCGGACAAACACAGCGCUUCCUAUCGACACCUCACCCGUACCAGCGUAGAACCUAAUAAAACAUCGGCAGAGUGCUAGCCGCAGGCGAGAUAAAGCCGGUCGCUUCGUGGGGUUCGAUUACAGUCGCAUUUGAAGGUUCGGACUGAUCACAACACCGUACCAGAUCGUUCAUAACAACUCCAAUGGCCAACAAAACUGACAAUCUAACCGCCGUACUGUACGGCAUUGAGGAUCUACGCUUGGAGCAGCGUCCAAUCCCCGUUCCAAAGGAAGAUGAGGUCCUGCUGGCAAUGGAUGUCGUCGGUAUCUGUGGUUCAGAUGUGCACUACCUGGUGAAAGGACGCAUCGGUGAUUUCAUCGUGAAAAAACCCAUGGUCAUAGGCCACGAAGCGGCAGGAAUUGUGUCCCAGGUAGGAUCCAAGGUGAAGCAUCUGAAAGUGGGUGAUCGUGUUGCGAUCGAACCCGGUUACGGAUGCCGCACGUGCGAGUACUGUAAGAGCGGUGCGUACAAUCUCUGUGCGGAUAUGAUAUUCUGCGCCACGCCUCCUUACGAUGGUAAUCUGACCCGGUACUUCGCCCAUCCGGCGGACUUUUGCUACAAACUUCCGGACCACGUAACUAUGGAGGAGGGAGCCCUGCUGGAACCGCUCUCCGUCGGUGUGCAUGCAUGUCGCCGGGCAAACGUUGGUUUGGGUUCGCAGGUGUUAAUUCUCGGUGCAGGCCCCAUCGGUCUGGUAACGCUUAUAGUGGCCAAAUCAAUGGGUGCCGGUAAGGUGCUCGUUACCGAUCUGCUACAAAAUCGACUGGACGUGGCGAAGGAGUUGGGCGCUGACGAAACGUUCAUCAUUCCGAAGGAUGCGUCCGAGACCGAACUGGUAAGGGCUAUUCAUGAGCUGAUGGGUGGCGCACCAGAUAAAACGAUCGAUUGUAGCGGUGCAGAAGCAACGGCUAGGCUAAUGAUUUUGGCCACUAAAGCUGGAGGUGUGGGUGUUAUGGUGGGCAUGGGUGCACCCGAGGUGAAGCUGCCACUGGUGAAUGCACUUGCUCGCGAGGUUGACAUCCGUGGUGUGUUCCGGUAUUGCAACGACUACCCGGUGGCUUUGAGCUUGGUUGCAAGCGGUAAAGUGAACGUAAAGCGGCUCGUUACGCAUCAUUUCAACAUUGAAGAAACGGCCAAAGCUUUCCAUACGACCCGUCACGGCGUAGAUGGUGCCAUAAAAGUAAUGAUCCAUGUGCAACCAAAAGAUAAAAAUAAUCCGAAAUAGAUAAGUAUGUGCGAUAGAAAGUAAUAAAAGAAGGAUGCAUAGAAGGGUCGUAAAUAUGGUGUCAAUAAUGAUUAGUUACUGAUAAUUUAAAUGUUCUUCGUAAAUUUUGGGGUUU